AUGGCCUUAUUCACCAUCGUUCCCUUGUUCUGGAUAGCUCCAUUGGGGCUAGCCUCUCUUAUCCUGUACUACAUUGUUCCCUACUUCUGGGGCUAUCGCCAUCUGCGUAGUAUUCCCGGUCCGCUAGCUGCACGUUUCUCCAACUGGUGGCUCGUGUACGCUUGCCGAGAAGGUGCACGAUGGAAAUAUGUCAACGAUGCCCAUAAGCGCUUUGGCUCUGUGGUUCGCAUUCAGCCAAACCAUGUCAGCAUCGCGGAUGAGGAAGUCAUCAACGCAAUCUAUGGCCAUGGAAAUGGAAUGCUGAAAUCAUCCUUUUAUGAUGCGUCUGUUAUCACCACCUACAGCAUAUUCACGUCGAGAGAUCGCGCUGAGCAUUCGCGAAAGAGAAAGGUGGUGUCGCACAGCUUUGCACCACAGUCUAUGAGAAACUUUGAACCUUUCAUCCAGCAACAUCUCAGUGUUUUCCUCCAGCAAUGGGACGCUAUGGCCGCUACUGGGGCAAAGUCUGAUGGAUUCUCCAAUGUCGAGGCCCGUGUCUGGCUCAACUACCUGGUUCUUGACAUCAUCGGUGAUCUGGCUUUUGGUGCUCCAUUUGGAGUCCUGAAGAAAGGCUCCGAAGUCGUCGACUUUGAUACAGAGAACGGCCCAAGUUCGCUACCCGUCAUCACCAGUCUGAGCACCAGAAGUGAGAUUGCGGCUACAGUCGGAGCACUCCCAGAGCUCAAGCCUUACCUCAAGUGGAGUCCUGAUCCGUUCUUCCGCACUGGCUUCAACGGGAUGAUCAACUUGCGUACGCUGGGAACGUCCCGCAUCACCCACAGGCUGAACAACCCGCCUGAUGAGAACCGCGAGAAGGAUCUGCUUGAACGUGUACGUGAGGGACGGGACCAUAAGGGCCAGCCCUUCGGGAAGGGAGAGCUUAUCGCUGAAGCUUUGACGGUUCUUAUCGCUGGCACUGAUACGACGAGUAGCACGAUGGCUGCGUUGCUGUACCAUGUUGUCCGAACGCCCGGUGUGUUAAAGAAGUUGCAGGCUGAGCUUGAUGAAGCUGUCCCUGCCGAUGUUUCCAUUCCUUCGUUCGAGAUGGUCAAGAACUUGAAGUAUCUCGGCUUUGUCGUCAACGAGGCUCUAAGACAUCACUCUACCAUCAGCCUUGGCCUCCCUCGCGAAGUACCCCAAAAGGGCAACGGCAUAACCCUAGCGGGAUAUCACUUCGCUCCCGGGACAGUUCUCAGCAUCCCUAUCUACACGGUUCAUCAUCUGAAAGAGGUCUGGGGACCAGAUGCGGAUGAGUUCAAGCCGGAACGGUGGGAGGAUGUAACGCCAAGACAGAAGCAGGCAUUUAUCCCGUUCAGUCACGGUCCACGAGCUUGUCUUGGUCGUAACCUUGCGGAAAUGGAACUCAAGGUGAUUACUGCGACUUGGGCGAGACGUUAUGACUUGAUCAUGAGGGAUGAUGAGAUGGAGAUUAUGGAGGGGUUGGCUAGGAAGCCUGAGGCUGUGAAUGUUGGCAUUAGGCGACGGUUUGAGGAUUAG